GGGGGCUGUGACGGAGAUUGCAGGGGUGGAAAGGGCCGAGAGGGUAUGCUGGCCUUCAUCUCUGAGUUCACGUGUCAGUAUGUGAUUCUCAAGGCCAAAGCCGGAAAGUACGUCAACCCCAGAAGGUAUGACAUAGCUUGUAGCUUGUACUUCCCUCUUCGAGGAGGGAGAAACUGAAACGACAUCCCGGAGCUCAGAAGCCCUGGGCGUACAAGCUUUGCCAGAUGGUCUGAAUGAUGGGCACCUUCAAGUGUCCCUUUGGCACUGGCCUGGAAUAAUUUGGACACUCACAGGGCAGUACAGCUGGAGACGCUGUAGAGUCCCUUCUGUGGGCUAACAGUCAUCAACAGCAUUUGAAUUGGCACAGACAGAACUUGGGCUUGGGGCUGUAGCUCACUUGGCAGAGUGCUUGCCUAGCGUGGACAAGGCCCUGGGCUCCAGGGGGCAUAGUGGGGCAUGCUUUAAUCCGAGUGCAGUCUGGAGGAUAUGAAAUUCAGCAUCAGCCGUGGCUGCAUAGAUUGAGAUCAACUUGGGCUACAUGAGAACCUAUUUCCCAAAGUGGGAGGGGCGGUAGUUGUGGGGGACUAGAGAGAUUGCUUAGCAAAUAAAAGCAUUUGCUGAGCAGGCCUGGUGCCUUAAAUUCAAUCCCCAAAACCCAUGUAAAAGGCAGAAGGAGAGAGCCAACUCCACAAUGUUGACACAGGUACUAUGGCAUGAUUACACAUGCCCACAUAUAUCACACACACACACACAUCACAUCACAUCACAUCACAUCACAUCACAUACAUACCUUCAUAAAUCAAAAACAUUUUCAAAAACCAAAAAACUGUGUGGUGGCAUAUUCCUGUAAUCCCAGCACUUGAGAGGUAGAGACAGGCCAGCCUGGGCUACAUGCUGGGUGUGGUGAUGCACAUUCUUAACCACUAGCACUGAGGAGACAGAAACUAGGUGGCCAGCCUACUCUACAUAGCAAGUUCCAGGACAGCGAGAUGUAUAUAAUAGAGAGACCUAGUCUCAAAAAAACCAAACUAACAGAAUUAGAGGCAUAGAGAGAAGGCUCAGUGGUUAAGGAUACUUCCUGCUCUUGCAGAAAACCCAGAUUUGGUUCCCAGCACCCAUGUCUGGUAGCUCACAACCAUCUGUAACUCCAAUUUCAGAAGAUCUAAUGCUAUCUUCCAGCCUUCACAAGCACCUGCAUGUGCCUUGAACACAUAGACACACUCAAGCACACACAUAUAAAAAUAUCUUAAAUUUAUUUUUUAUUUUAAUUAAAAUUUAAUUAUUUAAUUUUCCCCUUCCUGUUCCUCUCUCCAAUUCCUCCCAUGUUCUCUCCUCACUCCCUCUCAAAUUAAUGGCUUUUUUCUUUGACUAUUAUUGUCACACACACACACACACACACACACACACACACACACACACACACACAAGCUGCUGAGUCCAUUUCGGGUUGCUUGUGUGUAUAUAGUUUCGGGGCUGACUAUUUGGCAUUGGUUAAGUAAUUAAGGGGCUCAUCCCGGGGAAAGACUAAUUCUUCCUCUCUCAGCAGUCCUUAGUGGCCAGCAGUUCUUUGACUAGAGAUGGGGCUCCUAGUGGGCAUUCCCUUGGUGUUGUUAUUGUUCAGAUCUUGUUUAGGCAGCCAUCAUUGCUGAGGUACCACAGGUGACGUUUCCCUGUCAUUUCUAGGAGAGACACUCUCACAUUGGACUUCCUGUUCCUCUGGUUCUUACAGUCUUUCUGCCCCUCUUCCAGAUGUUCCCUGAACCUUAGAUGCAGGAGGUCUCCACAGCUGAAGUUGUGGCCCCAAAGGCGUCCAGCCUUGGCCAAUCAUCUGCCCCUGAGGUCACAGACCACACUCCCAUGUCUUGCCUCUGCUUGCUUUGGGACAGACUCUGUAUAGCCACCAGGCUACCACCCUGGAGGUGAACGCCAUGCUCGGACCUUAGUAUUCCCCAUGAUGCCUCAGCCUAGUUUCUCUUCCCACUUGGACACGAUGUUUGCCAACUCUUCAGCCAAUGCCUCUUCUACCAACAGCUCUGUACCCCAGUGCCGUGACUAUCGGGGUACACAUCGUCUGCAUAUGGUGGUCUACAGCCUGGUCUUGGCGACUGGUCUCCCUCUCAAUGCUCUGGCUCUCUGGGUCUUUGUGCGUGUGCUGCGUGUAAACUCGGUGGUGAGCGUGUACAUGUGCAACCUGGCAGCCAGCGACCUGCUCUUCACCCUGUCACUGCCCCUGCGCCUCUCCUACUACGCACGGCACCACUGGCCCUUCCCGGACUUCCUAUGCCAGACGUCGGGCGCCAUCUUCCAGAUGAACAUGUACGGCAGCUGUAUCUUUCUGAUGCUCAUCAACGUGGACCGCUAUGCCGCCAUCGUGCACCCGCUGCGACUGCGCCACCUGCGGCGGCCCCGCGUGGCGCGGCGGCUCUGCCUGGGCGUCUGGGCGCUCAUCCUGCUGUUCGCCGUGCCCGCCGUCCGCGUGCACAGCCCGUCCACCUGCAGGCACGAGAACAUCACCGUGAGCCUGUGCUUCGAGAGCUUCAGCGAUGAGCUGUGGAAGGGCGGGCUGCUGCCGCUCCUACUGCUGGCCGAGACACUGGGCUUUCUGCUGCCCUUGGCCGCUGUCGUCUAUUCGUCGGGCCGGGUCUUCUGGACGUUGGCGAGGCCCGACGCCACCCAGAGCCAGCGGCGACAGAAGACCGUGCGCCUCCUGCUGAUCAAUCUCGUCAUCUUCCUGCUGUGCUUCGUGCCCUACAACGCCACGCUGGCAGUGUAUGGGUUGCUGCGAGCCGACCUGGUGGAAUCCAGCCCUCAGGCCCGCGAUCAGGUGCGCGGUGUGCUGAUGGUGAUGGUGCUGCUGGCCGGCGCCAACUGCGUGCUGGAUCCGCUGGUGUACUACUUCAGUGCUGAGGGUUUCCGAAACACCCUUCGCAACCUGGGCACCCCGCUCCAUACCAGGCCUUUGGCUACCAAUGGGGCUAGAGGGGUGCUCACCGAACCACCCUCAGAAACCACCCAAAACACUGGGCUGGAUGCCACCAGUCAGGGUCUACUCCAGCCCGCCAAUCUGGGAACGCCCGUCAUCCAGUGCCCCCAGGAUUCAGCCCUCUGAAAGGACGCAGUGUCCUAGCGUAGGCUUGGGCCAGCCUCAAAGGCUUAGGGUGUCCAUUUGAGGGAGGUGGGCUGGGAACUUGGGACUUUGAAGCCAUUCCAGUCCCAGUGUGCAGAAGAAAGCAAGCGUGUAAGCAGGGGUAGAGGAGAUAGAGUGCUGCUGUAAGAGCCAUGGGCUCGGGCUUUUAUGCAGAGGACCCUGCUCCAGUACAUAGGAAGCCAUGGAGUGAGCAUGCCCGUGGCUAAGAGCUGGUACGUGGAACAGAAGAUGGCUCUCCCAGAUUGAGGUCAUCAGUCGGAGAACUGAAGAUCCCCUGACCUUGGUGAAUCAACUACACAGAAGGUCAUCUGUCAUCUUCAAAAACAAAGCAAAACUCAGAACCUAGAACCCGCUGCCUGUACAUGCUGGGCCACCACAUUCCCACUGAACUCCAUCCCAGCCACACCUGCUGCCUUCCGUCCUGACUUGAGGGCCAUGGCCGCCAGGCCACCACCAGCCCUCGCUUCCACUUGGCCACCCUGCGCAGCUGGGAGGCAUGAUACAAAGGUUUAUUUGAUGUGCACUGACUUGUUUUGUGACUUGUAACAGUUUAGGCUUGACACCCAGUAUGAGGAGGUUGGGGAAGGGCAGAGCGGUGUGUUGAGUCCCUCGAAAAUCCUAGUUCUUGGGCCUUUCUAGUUCUAGUCGUCCUUUCUCCUUCUAUCACUCUCUGGGCCUCUUCCGUUCUGUCUCUCCCUUCCUCCCUCCCUCCUCCCAUCUCUUCCUCCACACUCCCACCCCUUCUACAGACUGGGCUGGCCUUGAACUCUUUUUUUGUUUAAUUUUGUGUGUGUGUGUGUGUGUGUGUGUGUUUUGUUUGUUUUGUUUUGCUUUUGAGACAGGGUUUCUCUGUGUAGCCCUGGCUGUCCUGGAACUUGCUCUAUAGAUCAGGCUAGCCUCGAACUCACAGAGAUCUGCCUGCCUCUUUCUCCUAAGGACUGGAUUAAAGGUGUACAACCACUAAGACCA